CGUGCCGGCAAGCACGCUUUUCCGUGCACAUGUCCAUGCACAUGAACUCGUAGAGAGUUCACGCGUUUGUGUGCUCAUGGGGUCAUCACGGUACUUCAUAACGACACCAAUAUUUUACGUAAAUUCAGGACCUCAUCUUGGUCACCAUCACACAGUCGUCUUGGCAGACGCCAUUCACAGGCUUCACAGGUUGCUGAAUCCUAAACAAGAAACGAUAUUCUCGACUGGCACGGACGAACAUGGUCUAAAGAUCCAGCAGGCGGCGUCAAGGGCAAAGCAAGAUGAACGGACGUUCUGCAGUGAAGUUUCGAAGCAGUUCAAGGAUCUGUUCGACAACACGGGCAUCACUUACACGGACUACGUUCGCACAACGGAGGAUCGGCACAAGAAAUGUGUCGAGCACUUUUGGAAAACGCUGCAGGAUAAAGGGUGGAUAUACACGGGAAUAUACAAAGGAUGGUAUUCAACACAAGAUGAACUCUUUCUUUCGGAAUCGGAGGUAACAGAAGUGAAACACGCCGAUGGCACUUCACAGAAGGUCAGCGUUGAGUCUGGGCACCCAGUGGAAUGGAUGGAGGAGAAGAACUAUUUGUUUCGGUUGUCUCAGUUCCAAGGAGACUUGCUGCACUGGUUGAAGUCUUCAGAAGGCGUAGUAAAACCUGCAAAGUUUCAGAAGCUUCUUAUGCACUGGAUCGAUGCUGGCCUUCAUGACCUUUCCGUAUCCAGACAGAGCACACGAGUCCAUUGGGGCAUCGUGUGCCUGAGGACAGUUCACAAACUAUUUACGUGUGGCGGACGCACUAGUCAACUACUCACAUCUCGCCUGGACCCAACAUACCCAAUGCUCAUCACUGGCAUCAUGUCGCUGGUCCUGAGUAUCCUCUCCCUGUUUCUGCCCGAAACCAAAGGCAAGCACAUGCCACAGACCCUGCAAGACGGGGAGCUGUUUGGAGCAGACCAGCGUAUCUUGGAUUUCCCUUGCCUUGGUGACAAAGGGUGUUCGUCGUCACUAAGGUGUCGAGUGCAAAAGUGCAUGGUAAUCAUGUGA